GACUCCUCUCUUGAAGCGAUGCCUGCACGUUUCCGUGGGAGCCCCGCCACGAGCGGGGACGGGCUGCGAGUCCACCCCCAGCACCGCCGGCGCUGCCACCACCCUGUGCUGUGACCCCGGCGCCCACCGCGCUGCCCGCGCUGCCCACCCCGGCCGGGGAGACGGAGCUGCCCCGGGAGUGAUGCUGCUGGAGGAGCCCAUGUGAUGCUGGGCUAGCGCCGCUCGCUCCCCGCGCCUCUCCCGCUCGCUCGCAGGCUGUCAUGGCGACUCCCAAUAAUGUUACUCCCACCAACUGCAGCUGGUGGCCCAUCUCGGCGCUGGAGAACAACGCGGGGAAAUCCACGGAGGGGGAGGAAAAUCAGGACCCGACCGACCCCGCUCUCAAAUCCCAGGACAGAUUGGUUUUGUACCACUGGACCCAGUCCUUCAGCUCACAAAAGGUGCGGCUGGUGAUCGCAGAGAAGGGGCUGCCCUGCGAGGAGCGGGAUGUCAGCAUGCCCCUGAUGGAGCACAAGGAGCCCUGGUUCAUGCGGCUCAACCUGGGGGAGGAGGUGCCCGUCAUCAUCCACAGGGACAACAUCAUCAGCGACUACAACCAGAUCAUCGACUACAUGGAGAAGAACUUCACGGGAGAAAACGUCACGCAGCUGAUCCCGGAGCCGGGCAGCCUGCUGCACUCCCGCGUGCUGCAGUACCGGGAGCUGCUGGACUCGCUCCCCAUGGAUGCCUACACGCACGGCUGCAUCCUGCACCCCGAGCUCACCACCGACUCCAUGAUCCCAAAGUACGCCACCACUGAGAUCCGCAGACAUUUAGCUAAUGCCAGCACAGACCUGAUGAAGCUGGAUCACGAAGAGGAGCAGCAGCUCUCCGAGCCCUACCUCUCCAAGCAGAAGAAGCUCAUGGCCAAGAUCCUGGAGCACGACAACGUGAACUACUUGAAGAAGAUCCUGGGAGAACUGGGGAUGGUGCUAGACCAGAUCGAGGCCGAGCUGGAGAAGAGGAAACUGGAGUACCAAGGGCAGAAGUGUGAACUUUGGCUCUGCGGAUGCGUCUUUACUUUGGCCGAUGUCCUGUUAGGAGCCACCCUGCACCGCCUCAAGUUUCUGGGACUCUCUAAGAAAUACUGGGAAGACGGCAGCAGGCCCAACCUACAGUCCUUCUUCGACAGGAUACAGAAACGCUUCGCCUUCAGGAAAGUUUUGGGAGACAUCCACACCACGCUCCUCUCGGCAGUGGUGCCCAACGCCUUCAGGCUGGUCAAGCGGAAACCCCCCUCCUUCCUUGGAGCCUCCUUCCUCAUGGGAUCCCUGGGGGGAAUGGGAUAUUUUGCUUAUUGGUACUUAAAGAAAAAAUACAUCUAGUGCUGACUGCUUGGUGUUUAGUUUGGUGUCUCUGUGCUGUGUGAAAUUAUGAUGAAGCCUCAGUAACUGUAAUGAAAUUUGAAGCAAGGUAAUGAAUAAUUAUAUUGUUUAAUGUAACAUUCCAUAGUCUAGAAGUAGAAACCUAUAUUCAAGGAAAUAAGACAACAACAAGAACAAGAACAAAAA